GCUCCCGCCGCAGCCGCACCGAGACACAAAAAGCGGCCGGGGCCGGGGCCGGGGCCGGGGCCGGGCGGCACCAUGACGGAGACCACCAAGACGCACGUUAUCCUGCUGGCCUGCGGCAGCUUCAACCCCAUCACCAAGGGCCACAUCCAGAUGUUCGAGCGAGCCCGGGACUACCUGCACAAGACCGGGCGGUUCAUCGUCAUCGGCGGGAUCGUCUCGCCCGUCCACGACUCCUACGGCAAGACGGGCCUCGUCUCGAGCCGCCACCGCCUGACCAUGUGCCAGCUGGCCGUGCAGGCCUCCGACUGGAUCAGGGUGGACCCCUGGGAGUGCUACCAGGACACCUGGCAGACCACCUGCAGCGUGCUGGAGCACCACCGCGACCUCAUGAAAAGAGUGACGGGCUGCAUCCUCUCCAACGUGAACACCCCUUCCCUGACGCCGGUGAUCGGACAGCCCCAGAACGAGUCUCCGCAGCCCAUCUACCAGAACAACAACAACGUUUCCAACAAGCCCACCGCAGCAAGGAUCUUAGGGAAGGUGGGAGAAAGCCUGAGUCGGAUUUGCUGCGUUCGCCCGCCAAUGGAGCGCUUCACCUUUGUGGAUGAGAAUGCGAACCUGGGGACGGUGAUGCGGUACGAGGAGAUCGAGCUUCGCAUCCUGCUGCUGUGCGGCAGCGACCUGCUGGAGUCCUUCUGCAUCCCCGGGCUCUGGAACGAGGCGGACAUGGAGGUGAUUGUCGGGGAGUUUGGGAUCGUGGUGGUGCCGCGGGACGGAGCAGACCCUGACCGGAUCAUGAACCAUUCCUCAAUACUCCGCAAGUACAAAAACAACAUCCUGGUGGUGAGAGACGACUCCAACCACCCCAUGUCGAUCGUCAGCUCGACCAAAAGCAGACUGGCCCUGCAGCACGGGGACGGACAUGUCGUGGAUUACCUAUGUCAGCCCGUCAUCGACUACAUCCUCAAGAGCCAGCUCUACAUCAACGCCUCCGGCUAAGAGCCGGGGCCUCGCAGCAAGACGGCCCUGUUGUCCCACUUCCCUACAGCUCUCCAUCACAUUUCUCCCUCUUUCUCUGUGUGUCUCUCUCUCUCACGGCCUCCUGCCUGUGUCUGCCUCUCACUCCCGGCGCCAACGCUCCAUAGUGCAGGAAUGUCCAGGGAACCGCAGCACAGCCCGAACGGGAACGGUUUGGUCUCUUCUUUGGGGUACUGCCCUCCCCCUCGUACCCUGGGGGGGGGAAGGGGUCCGGUAGGAUAGAGAUGUACUCAGCAUGCUUCAGGGGAGGCAGCUCCACCACCCACCCUCCCAGCAUGCCACUGGGAAAUGGUCCCCCAGUCCAUCCUCCCAGCAUGCCACUGGGAAAUGGUCCCGCGGUCCAUCCUCCCAGCAUGCCACUGGGAAAUGGUCCCGCGGUCCAUCCUCCCAGCAUGCCACUGGGAAAUGGUCCCCUGGUCCAUCCUCCCAGCAUGCCGCUGGGAAAUGGUCCCGCGGUCCAUCCUCCCAGCAUGCCACUGGGAAAUGGUCCCGCGGUCCAUCCUCCCAGCAUGCCACUGGGAAAUGGUCCCCCAGUCCAUCCUCCCAGCAUGCCACUGGGAAAUGGUCCCGCGGUCCAUCCUCCCAGCAUGCCACUGGGAAAUGGUCCCCCAGUCCAUCCUCCCAGCAUGCCACUGGGAAAUGGUCCCCCAGUCCAUCCUCCCAGCAUGCCACUGGGAAAUAGUCCCCUGGUCCAUCCUCCCAGCAUGCCACUGGGAAAUGGUCUCACGGUCCAUCCUCCCAGCAUGCCACUGGGAAAUGGUCCCCCAGUCCAUCCUCCCAGCAUGCCACUGGGAAAUGGUCCCCUGGUCCAUCCUCCCAGCAUGCUUGAGAGCAGAGGCUUCUUCCUUUGCAUCGUCUUAUGGCACAUCAGCUCAAUAAAUCUAGUGGACCUUUUUACUAAUAGUUUUAGUGUGAGCCCCUUUGGCCUCUCCGGAUGUGAUGACCCACCUCUAAAUGAAUCGCGUUGGGUAGUGGGCAGGUCUAACGCGAUUCGCUCAGCACCCCCGUGGCAGGCAGACCUCAGGCUGGCAGCAGGACAACCUUGCUACUGAAAUCCUUCUCCUGGCCCCGAAAAAUCACUGAGAUUGUGUUUCUGGAGCGGAACAGAGACCUUAGCGAGCUUUUCUGCCGAAGAGAGGUAUUUAAUGGGGCAGGAAUGUCACGUCUCAUCUUUCCUUGGCUGCAAAUAAACCCACCUCACCCCAAGAUGUCCCCUAGGCAAGCAGAACUGGGGUGAUGCUCUAACUCCAGCCCCCCAUCAGAAGGGCAGCCCACAGCACCUAGAAAGGGACCUGCCAUUAACUAGGCCAAGAAGCAAGAGAGGAAGAAAAGGGAGUAAGCAACCGGUGACCCAAAGCCACUGCUCAGAACUGCCCCCAAGCCUGACCAGGAGUUUUGCAGGGGCUGGGUCCAUCCCGUAGCAUUGCCCCCUGGCAAGGGAUGCUGCGGGGGCAGGAGAUGCUGAUGGAUCUGGCACAUCUGUGCUGAACCCCAGGAAGUCAGUGCAUUUUGCUUCUGCACCGCAGGCUGUUCCAGGCUGGGAUGCAGCCAGCUAUCCCGAGGGUGUGACUAGGGGGAAAGAGAGGCAGAUUACACCGAUAGCUCAGCCGUGAUUGAAGAAAGUCACAGGGCUAUGGACACAGCUGGAGCUUACUGAACAUGCUGCCCUCUGGGCACUGUCCAGGCAGAGCACAGAGCUCAGGAGAAGACCAGGCAUUUCAGGGAUCUCAUCAGCUGCUCCAAAAGACACCAGAUGGUCCUCUCUCAUCCCAUCCCAGGAAAGAUCCCCCAGCACCUUCCUUCUUCUAGCCUCCAGCUCUUCAUUUUAUCUAUCUUCUCCCUUUUCCCUUCAUUCUUCCCAUCUUCCUGUCCUGGAAGAGUUUAUUAAAUGCAUGAUAUUUUCCUCCUCCCAAAUUGGCUUUGGAUACUUCAGACCUCCCUCAGGACAAACCAGUCUCCUGCUUUCCUGUCUAUAACCCACGGGGCCAAAUGCCAGGAAAGGAGCCUAGCGGAGAAGUUUGCAUGAAAACCAGGGCAGGUAACAUGGAGCAGUAGAAAAUUGUUCAAGUUCUGCGCAGACAAGGGUUACUGAAGUGGGCUGUUGUCCUUGCUGCGUAUCUCCAGAGCGCAAGGACCUACAGUCCCUGCCUAUCAUGACAACACAGCCUCUUGGAAAGACCACAGCUGAAAGGAGGAAGGUACAGUCCUGAUUCACUCUUCACCUUUUCCUAUCCCUUUGCUCCUUCUAACCUUUUAUCACUUGGGGAUUAGCCCUGGUGUCUAUAGCUCCUUGACAUCUGCCCAUUCCCCAUAAACUAGAGCUAACUAGGCUUAGGGUAGCCCCGUCGCAGCCCUGCCCCAAAGCGCGAUUGCUGUCUGCGUUGCCUUUGCGGCUUUCCCAGUGAGGCGCUGCGACCGGCGGCGGACCCCAGCCAACGACAGUGCUGCCCUUGCACACCCGCGUGUCCUCCAAGGUGUUUCAGGAGAAGACCUGAAAUUACGUCAGAUUUUUUCUUCUCCCCUGAAGUCUAGAAAGGGUCACGAACUGCUCUAACGGAAGCUUCAAGACAAGCCAUUGCACUAAACGUGAUGCCCUGCUGAGCGCAGCUGCCCUGCAUGCUGCGAGCUUGUUACAGCCCACUCCGGUGAAGGCAGCUGGCAUCUCCAGCAGCAAGCACAGCUUCAGGCAAGGCAACCCUGCCUGCACGCAUAAACUCCUCGCAGUGCACGGGGCUGUAUAAGCAGUAGCUAGCGGCUCCUCAGAGGAGGGUACUGCCGCUUCCCAGAAGGGAGAGUGCGAGACACGGCACCGAGGGGACUUGCCCAAAGCAAAGCAUUUGACUUGCUGCGAAGCAGAGCGUUCACCCGUUGCUGCCCGACAGGGAAAGGCCAGGGCUUUUCCCAGCUGCUGCCCACAGCCUUUCCUUGCCAGGGAUUUCCCUCCACACGGAGAGGCUAGUUCAGAAACGGCUGUGGUCACUUCAUGAACGGCAAGUUUGGCAGCUUGCCCACGCCAAGCCGAAUCCCCCAGCCACAGCUCUGGUGUCUCCCGGCAGUUGUACAUAUAUCCGAGGGGGCGAGGAAAUAGAGGCACCAAACCAAACAGGGUGGGGAGAGUGUGCAGGAAUCAGUGUGCGAGGACACCUCUUCUCCAGGGAUGUCUUCAGCGAGUCCAAGCUGCUAACUAACAUCCCACCGAGCCCCCUCAGCUAACACAGCGGGCAGGUGCCCACAGCGGAACAACAUCUCUCGUCUGUACAACUCUCAACAUAUAUAAGCCAGUAGCUAGACUCCUCUAAAUCAGUUGUUCUUACUGUCCUGUGUGCUCAGUCUUUCAGUCUUUCCUCUCCAUCUCAACACAGAAGCUAUCGCAGACAACAGCCUCAUCUCCUUGCCAGAAGUCACCCAUGUUUCUUAGCUCCAAGCUGGAGGAGAGAAAGCAAUGUUAGAAACCAACUCCAACACACACAAAGGGAUUUUAACCUCACGGAGGAGUGAAUCGUCUUUCAAGAGGGAGGAAGGAGAGUGGAUUUUAACUGAGGAAAAGACAAAAAAGAUACUAAAGAGGAAUGAAGGCAGCAUGUCUAAGAAUUUGAAAGAGCUCAGACCCCCCCCUCCCUCCCUCAGGUAAAUGAGAUGGGACAUACGGGAAGCCAGCUGGCUUUCAAUCUCAUCAUGUUUAGGACGGCAUGCCUUAGAGAAAUAGCGUUGUGAUAUGGAUGAUGAAUAUAUUCUGUCUUACUAGUCUUACCUACACCUUCAUGUAUCUGCUCAGUAAAACUCACCGUACAGGGCGAGGAUGGGGAGGGA